UUUCCCGCGAAAUUGACUUCAAAAGGUUCGGAUAGUCACUUGCAUUGUAAAAUGGCGGACGUCAACAUUGGCAAUGGGGAUGAUGAAAUUGUUGGACCAGACAAAAAGAAGCAGAAGACAUCAACAUCUAUUAAGGAAGGUAUUUUACUUGGUUAUGGUAACCCACUCCUAGAUAUCUCUGUUAAUGGAACAGAAGAAUUUCUUCAAAAAUAUGACUUAAAACCAGACGAUGCUAUUUUGGCAGAAGACAAACACAAGUCCAUGUAUGAUGACAUGGCCAAGACAUAUGCAGAUCAUGUGGAAUAUAUACCAGGAGGAGCAACAUUGAAUGCCAUAAAAUUAGCACAGUGGUUGUUGAGAGUUCCUGAUGCCACAUCAUUCUUUGGUUGUAUAAAAAAAGAUGAGUUUGGCAAUAUAUUGGAGAAAAAGUCGAAGGAAAUUGGUGUUAAUGUUAAAUUUCAAUAUACAGAAAAAGAAUCAACAGGCACUUGUGCUGUCAUUGUUACUGGAAAAAACAGAUCAAUGUGUGCAAAUUUAGCUGCAGCAAACCUUUUCACAGAGGAUCAUUUGAAUAAUUCAGAAAAUUGGUCUUUGGUAGAAAAGGCCCAGUUUUAUUACAUCGCUGGAUUUCCAUUAACUGUUUCACCACCAUCUGUCCUUAGAAUAGCUAAACAUUCCCAUGAGAAGAAGAAAACAUUUUGUAUGAAUUUGUCAGCACCAUUUUUAUGUCAGUUUUUUAAAGACCCAAUGUUACAGACAUUACCAUACGUAGAUAUACUGUUCGGCAACGAAACUGAAGCAGAAACAUUUGCAAAAGAAAAUAACCUUGAGACAACAGAUAGGAAAGAGAUUGCAAAGAAGUUAGCAGGUUGGAAGAAAGAAAAUACUUCAAAAUCUCGAGUGGUUGUCAUUACACAAGGAGAAGGAAAUGUCAUUGUUGCUAAAGAUGACAAAGUUACAGAGUACCCAAUUAUACCUAUAGCAGCAGAUGAUAUUGUAGACACAAAUGGUGCAGGUGAUGCCUUUGUUGGGGGAUAUCUUGCUCAGCUAGUACAGGGGAAAUCCAUAGAAGAAUGUGUUCGUUGUGGAAACUAUUCAGCCAACUUAGUAAUACAGCGAUCGGGUUGUACCUUCCCAGAAAAGCCAAGUUUUCAAUAACAGACUAUUUAGGGAAUUAUGUUUUUUGUAUGUCAUUUAAAUGGGUAAACAUUCAGUGGGAUUUAAUAUGUAAACUAUAAUUACUUGCUUUUAUUAUUAAGUAGUUUGGUAUCAAUGUCUUAAAUUUAGAUUCUAGUCUAUAGAAUUAAGAUAAAUACUUAAAUAUUCUUUUUUUAAGCAUCAAGUGCAUACAUAAAUUUGAAAAAAAAUAGCAGCUCUGCAUUAUAUAAAAGUAACAUGUAAGAAUGAAUAAUUAUUUUUGAAUUGUCUAAAAAUCAAAUUUUUUAUAUGAAUGUAACUUUUUUCUACCUUUUUUCCACAAUUUUCCAAUAAAAGCACAUUUUAUAAUUUAUUUUUAUAAAAUUAUAAAUGUAUAUUCUCUGAAACUUACUGGUUGUAAAAGAAAUUAUCAAAUUUCAAUUUAACAUAUACUCAUUUUAGAUUCUCUGACAAUGAAUUCGAAAUCAUGUUGUAAAUUUUAGAAUUUAAUGUGUACCUUAUUUAUUGCAAAUGUUCAAUAACGGACAAUUAAAGAUUGUUUCAUGUUUGAUUCUGUGCAUUCUUGUUGUUAAAUAUUACUAGGGUAACUUAAAAUGUGAAAUUUGAAUGAAGAGAUUUAAGGAUUUCAUAUUGUUCUCAUGAAUCAAAACAUCGAAUUAAUUCCUGAAUUUACAGUAUUUGCAAAAAGUUGUAUGUGGUAAUAAAAUUAUUCAAAUGAUAUUAAAUAUGUUCCAGUAGACCCUUAUGGAGCAACUGUAGUCCUACACUAAGUAAAAACCUAUUUAAUCAUUAGUCAUUUCUGAUAAGAAAUUAUGCUUUGACAUCAGUUAGUGGAUUUUUAAACAUUUUCAUGGCAUUCAAACUGUAGGAUUGCAAGUUAGACCUAAAGGGUCUUUAUGGGCACAACAAAUCAAUGUUGUUAUUUGUUAUUAUUUUUACAAGAUGUUAGUUUAUAUGAACAUAUAUUUAUUACUCUUUAACAUUUUUACAAUCGCCGUACUGUUAUUUUGGUCUUGAAGAAAUAUGCCUAAAUUAUAAUGUUAUUUGAAAAUAUUGACUUAAGUCCCUAUUUGAAUCAGUCUCUAUUAGAAUUAGUCCCUAUUAGAAUCAGUCCGAAGCAGUUCUGCUCAGAAACAACUUCAAUAUUUGUUUUAACAUUUCAAUAGUUCCAAAGAUGAAUAUAUUGUGUAUGAAAAAUUCAAACCAUGUUUAGAAUAAAGUUGACAUUGAACGUGUCUGAAAUUGAAUAAUGACUAGAUAACAGGGAGGUGCUUAAGAAUCUAUUUAUUUAGGUCUAACAUGGUGGUUUAUACAUCAUUUAGAAUAAUAUGUGCCUUUUCUAUUUCUUUUUUGUAGUAUCAAAUGUCUCAAAAUGAAAUUCAAUAGAGGGUAUACAAAUAAAUAAAUGUUAAAGGA